UCUCGCGCACUCCGGCGCAGUAAUGUCAACGUAAAGGAGCGCCACAAAGCCCAGCCGAAGCGUGUGCCGCUCAAGUGUGGGCGAUGUUGUGACAGCGCGCUCGGCCGUGGGGUUGGGGGGCGGAGGGGGGGCUGUUCUCCAAAUGAGCCACUUCUUUUUUCGGGAGCCGUCACCAUUCACACGCCGAUGAGACGCAGCCCGGAUCGCUUUUCGGGACUAUUGGCUUUGGAUGCUCGCGUUUGGCACCAGUCAAGUAAAAAGGGGCAUCUGAUGAGCCUGGCAGGUGCACCGGUGGCGGCGUCAGCAGCCGGCCUUCAAGGCGGGGCACGCCAGCGAGACUUGAUCAUGGAGCAAAAAGUCAGCAAACUGACAUCCGGUUUCCAGCGCAGUUCUACCUCGGACGACGACUCCGGCUGCGCACUGGAGGAGUACGCCUGGGUGCCACCUGGCCUUCGGCCUGAGCAGGUCCAACUGUACUUCUCCUGCUUGCCCGAGGAUAAGAUUCCCUACGUAAACAGUCCGGGAGAGAAGUUCCGAAUAAAGCAGCUACUCAAUCAACUACCGCCGCAUGAUAAUGAGAUUCGUUACUGCCAGUCUCUCAGUGAGGAGGAGAAGAAGGAGCUACAAAUGUUCAGUGUCCAGAGGAAGAAGGAGGCCCUGGGGAGGGGCGCACCCAAAGUGCUGCCACACAGUCGCCUGAACAGCAUUUGUGAGCAUUGCGGUGAGAAUAUCAACGGUGGAGAAAUGGCAGUGUUCGCAGCCCGAUCAGGCCCUGCAUUGUGCUGGCAUCCGGCGUGCUUUGCUUGUUCCACAUGCAGUGAACUCCUGGUGGAUUUGAUAUACUUCUACCAUAAUGGGAAGAUCCACUGUGGAAGGCACCACGCUGAGCUCCUCAAACCGCGCUGCUCAGCCUGCGAUGAGAUCAUCUUUGCUGAUGAGUGCACAGAGGCGGAGGGGCGUCACUGGCACAUGAAGCACUUUGCCUGUUUUGAAUGCGAGACCAUCCUGGGGGGCCAGCGUUAUAUCAUGAAGGACGGGCGCCCCUACUGCUGUGGAUGCUUCGAGUCUCUGUACGCAGAGUACUGUGAGGCAUGUGGAGCACAUAUUGGUGUUGACAAUGCUCAGAUGACCUACGAUGGUCUCCACUGGCACGCCACUGAAAGAUGUUUCAGCUGUGCCCAGUGCAAGAGCUCUCUCAUGGGCUGCCCCUUCCUGCCACACCAGGGUCGCAUCUACUGCUCAAAGGCGUGCAGCCUCGGCGAGGACGUGCAUGCCUCAGACUCCUCUGACUCGGCCUUCCAGUCAGCACGCUCCCGCGAGUCGCGUCGCAGCGUGCGCAUGGGCAAGAGCAGCCGAUCGGCCGACCAGUGCCGUCAGUCGCUCCUUUUCUCGCCGUCGGUUAACUACAAGUUUCCUGGAUUGAGUGGAAACCCUGACGACACCGUGACCAACAAGCUCACCCACAUGAACUUAUCUGAUGAGCAUUUCUGGAGGGCGCGCACUGAGGAGACUGAUGCCCCCGAGGAUCAGGAGGAAGAGUGGGCGGAACAUGAAGACUACAUGACUCAGUUACUCUUAAAAUUUGGGGAAAACGGGGUCUUCAGACAAGCCAGUGACUCCAGACCCACAGAUUUUUGGGUUGCAGAUAGAGAUGCCAAGUCCAAACAGGAAUCAUUCAAAGUUGGUAGCAGUAGUGGAGAAGGAAGAGGCAGCCUGGCCAGCAAGAAGUACCAGGCCGACAUGUACUGGGCCCAGUCACAAGAUGGGCUAGGGGACUCAGCCUACGGUAGUCACCCAGGUCCCGCAAGCAGCAGGAAGAUCCAAGAGCUUGAGCUGGACCACGGAGGUGGCGCAAGUAUGGAAGAUGAUUCGCAGUGGUACCGUGGCUCAUUGGAGUGCAUAACAGACGAGUUCAAGAAGAAGGAUCAGAGUGUCCGGGACUCGAUGGACUCACUGGCCCUCUCCAAUAUUACUGGAACUUCUGUUGACGGUGACAGUAAAGACAGACCUUUGAUGUAUUCCAUGCAAGGUUUCCAUGUGGUCGAGACAGAGGACUGUGAGAAAACAAGUAACAUGGGGACCCUCAACUCCUCUAUGUUACACAGGAGUACAAAUUCGUUGAAGAGCCUUGUAUCCGAGCAGGAAGCGGAGGAAAAUGUUGCAGAAGAAGAGGAGAUACAUCUCCCGGAGGAGAGACCAAAACCACACGUCCCUGCCCUAAGGAGGACACGUUCACAAGCUCGACAGCAGCAAGUGAAAUUCUCCGAUGACGUGUUAGACCGUUACAGUGAUCUCCAGGUGCGACAGCCCCCAAUGAGCGAACGAACCCGUCGCAGAGUCUUCCACUUUGAAGAGAAGGGCCAGGAAAAUCACCCUGGGCGCAGCCAUCACCACCACAGGAGGCGACGUAGCCGCAAGUCUCGCUCUGACAAUGCUCUUAACCUUUUGCCAAAAGAGCGGGCACAAAUGGCCUACGGAAUGGACCGCAGACGGAAUGCACACGGUCCAAGAAUAGAUCCCGAUUUCCAUGGACACCCGCCGGCUGGCACCAUGUCAGAUUACAAGAUUCAGGGCUCAGCCAUGGGCAGGUUCUUCGAUCUGUGUGGGGAGGAUGACGACUGGUGCUCUACAUGCUCAUCAUCAUCUUCUGAUUCGGAGGAGGAGGGCUUUUUCCUAGGUCAGCCCAUCCCCCAGCCAAGGCCACUUAGACACUACUAUACUGAAGACUUGCCCAGCCCCGUGGCAGGGAUGUCUCCACUCCCCUAUGGCCAACGGACUAAAUCCAAAAAGAAGAAAGGGCAUAAGGGUAAAAACUGUAUUAUUUCAUAGGUUUUAUUCUCCGCUUUGGGUUAUCCACAUCCUCUGCUCCUGUAAAAACAGUGCGACUGCGUUCCACUAAAUGCUUGGUAUAUAUCCGAUCUGAUUUGCUAGUGUGCGCUUUAGUGGCAUUACUUGAUGGUAAAUUCAGUCAGUAUUUGAGAGUAAUGCAGAUUAAUAAACAUGAUCUACAAACCCAGUGCCAGUGAGGUCGGGAUGUUGUGUUCAGCAUAAAUAAAAAGACAAUACAAUGACUUGCAAAUCAUGUUCAAUCAAUCUUUAAGUGAAAACACUAACAACGGCAAAGCUGGCUAGUGUCAAAAUUGAUCAAUUUUUAGAAAAUAAUCAUGAGAAUUGAAUGCCAUAUUUUAUGGCUGUAAGAAGUUCCAAAAAAGACUGAGAAAGUUGAGGAAUGUUCAUCCUGCAAGUGGGAACAAGUGGGUGCCAUGGUUCCCCGAAUUGCUCAGUCAGUUUGGGGCUACUAAAGUGCAACUUAAAACUCUACUAAGCCAAAAAAAAAAAAAAAAAUAAGCCAUUCAUCAACAACAUCCAGAAACGCAGCCGGCUUGUUGGCCUCAGCUUAUCUAAGAUGAACUGAUUCAAAGUAGAAAACUGUUCUGUGGUCUGACGAGACCAUUUUUCAAAUAGUUUUUUGAAAUUCUGGGCUUUGUGUACACUCCGGGCGAAAGAGGAAAAGAACCAGCCGUACUGCUAUGGACGCAAAGUUCAAAAGCCGACAUCUGUGAUGGUAUGGGGCUGUCUUUGUUCAAAUGGCAUGGGUAACUUACACAUCUGUGAAGGCACCAUAAAUGCUCAAUAGUACAAACAGGUUAUGGAGAAACCUAUGUUGCUAUCCAACAAUGUCUUUUUUGUCGAGGCUGCUGCGUAUUUUAGCAAGACAAUGCUAAACUACAUUCGGACUGUGUUACAACAGCUUGGCUUCAUAGCAAGAGUCUCGGUACUAAACUGGCCUGCCUGCAGUCCAGACCUGUCUCCCACUGAAAACGUGUGGCGCAUUAUGAAGCGUAAAAUACGACAACGAAUAUUGUUGAACAGCUUAAGCUGUACAUCAAACAAGAAUAGGACAGAAUUCCAUCUAGAAAGCUUCAACAAUUAGUGUCCCGAGUUCCCAAAUGUUUUUUUUUUAAAGAAAAGGUGAUGUAACACAGUGGUAAACAUGAACCUGUUCCAGCUUUUUUGGAACGUGCUGCAGCCAUAAAUUUCUAAGCGAAUGAUUAUUUGCUAAAAAAUAAAGUUUAUCAGUUUGAACAUUCAAUAUCUUGUCUUUCUAGUACUCAAUUAAAUAAAGGUGGGCCAAUCAUUGUCUUCUGUUUUUAUUUAAGUUGAACACAAUGUCCCAACUUGAUUGGAAAUGGGUUUUUAAAUAUAUUGAUAUUAAAUGUAUAUACUGUAUAGAUCUAAGAAAAAGUGGCUAUUUGAAUACCCUUUGGCUCAAUGGCAUGCUUAUGUAGCAAAACAACAUUAACAUUAAACUAAUAGUACGCUCUUCCCCCACACAGCCCUCCCGAUGAAGGUGCCGCAUAUAUUGACAUGUGACUUUGCGUCUUUAAAUAUGUGACGUUUAACUGACUUGCGCAACGCCAUCAUAGAGAAACACCCGUUUCUUAAAGUGGUGCUAAUUUUUUUUGGUUUGUUUUUGUGUGUAAGGAAACUAUUGUAAUCUGUAUAAAUGUAUAAACUGGAGUAUAAGGUUAACAUAAUUGUAAUAAAAACACUACAAUGUC